AUGACCAGUUCCAAUCUCAAAACCAAGCAAUUUCCAUCACUCAUCAAGAAGCGUACCUCUAGCCCCUACGGAGCUAAGCCUGUUGAUAAUCUUUACAAGAGGGAGGCAAAAUCACCAAAUAGUGCGGCCACCCGCAAUUUUGAUUCAAAUAUUGCAUCUAACACCCCCAAACCACAAUCCAAACUGCGUCAAACUAGUCUAAGUAAUUUACUUCACGGUGCAACUAAGGGCCACGCCGCUCACAAAACUGGUGAUCCAUUAAGGAAAAGGUUGGAUAGUUUGAAUUCGAAAACAGUGGAGAUCAUAGAUCUUGAUAAAGCUGAAAAAGACAACGAACUGAUACGUGAGAUCACUUCAAAUGGGUCUAGCCAUACGCUUUCGUCCAGCGACCCUAAUCAACAGAGCUAUCAAGUACCGUCAAAAACACACAGCGCUGGUGGUAAUGACUCUUUCGAUUCUCGACCUUUGCAUCCGUCCCACUCCCCCGCAGAAAAUGACUACCUGCAAAAGAUUGAGGCAUCCUCAAGGAUUCGCGAGCGUCUAGACAGCUUAACAAGUAGGACAGACCGGUUGCUUGAACUGAAAAAUGCAUACACUCCCAAAAAGAAAGAACUAAAAAGGACCUUGGUCUCGCCAGAACCAAACUCAAGUGAAAAGCUGUUGCUAAAUUCUCGCAAUUCAUUGUCACCAUCCCUGGAGAAGCAGCAAGAAAGCAAAAGUCGGCAAGUUUCGUCGCUGACUUCAACCCCAUCGAUUUCAGUCUCCCCCUCCCCAGCUUCUUCCGCUUUUCUGGAGCCAGAAUUUUCAAUUGUUGAAGACUGUGGUGGAAAUAACUUGAAUGUCAAAAGAUGUGGGUUAAACGAAUCCCCCAAAGUACGAGAUGUUCUAAAAUCAUUCCACUAUCAUGGCCAAAAAGUCAAGAAAAGGAGUCAGAGAGUAUACGAGAUAGCAGUUUCUCUGAAUGGAGAAUACAUCUACAUUGGAUGGCGACAUCCUUCACUAGAUCUCGUUCCACUAAAUAAAUUUGUCAUCGACAUCGACUCGCAGUUGAAAGAUUUCUCGUUCGCGAAUGAAUCUUACAUUAUGCAAUUAGCCCAUGGUAAGCAGAUUAUUAUCGCAUCACAUUAUGGGAGGGAUAGUGAAAUCCGGGAUUAUUUUACAAAACACCCAAAUUCGAAAGUGAAGGUUGGUGCUGUAUUGACUGAAGUUGCCGUAGAAAGGUUAAUGGAGAGAGCCAACUCAAGAGCCAAAAGCAUGAAGAAUGCAGACCCGUUGGCAAACGCUGCAUUUCAAAGACCACGCAGAAGCUCACCCAGGGUAUCACAAAAGGAAGAUGGUGGUAUAGAAGAUUUGGGCGAUCUUGCUAGUGAAGAUGACGAGGGACUUCAAUUUUUUUCUGGCACAGACUACGACGAUUUCGAGCCAAUACCAAAAUUUCAACCAGCAUUGCAUUAUAAGUUUCAUGAAGGACGAGAAAUCACAGUUAGUGCACUGGAUUUCUCGACCUUGCAUAGAAACUAUUGGGUCAAUGAUGUGAUUAUUGACUUUGGGUUGAAAUAUAUUGUACAAGAAGGGGUGAAGAAGGGGUUGGUUGCAUCUUCAGAGAUAUUUUCCUUCAACUCUUUUUUUUACACCAAGCUCACAUCUGGUGCCGAGAAGGGAGCUAGUCCUGAGUACUACAAAAAUAUAAAGAGGUGGCUCUCGAAGAUCAAUUUGAUGGAAAUCAAGUACCUUAUAAUUCCUGUGAAUACGGGCCUGCAUUGGUUUUGUUGCAUCAUUAGAAACCUUCCUGGGUUACUAGAACUGGCGCGGGCUCAAAAAGCUGCAAAGAAAGAACCAAUCGACCUAGAAGGUCCAGACCUGCAAAUACCACCGACCUCCAAGCAGCACGCAGAGAUAUUUGUGCUCGACUCUUUGGGAAAUAAAAGGUAUGAUGUCAGCGUACCCCUCAAGAGCUUCAUAAUCGAUUACUGCAAAGAGAAAUUUGACAUUGAGAUCAAGCGUGACCAAAUCCGUUUCCAAUCUGCAAGAGUCCCUCGUCAAAAUAAUUUGAAUGAUUGUGGGGUGCAUGUGUUGUACAACGUUAGGAAAUGGCUCAGCAACAUUUCAGAGUGUGAAAGUUUCUUUAAAAAGCACCUGUAUGCGCAAGCAAAAGUUCUCUUUCCGGCAGAAGAAAGGAAAAAUGAGAGAAAGUAUUGGACAAACCUAUUGCUUGAUUUGCAUAGGGCCCAAAACCGGCCACACGAUAAUAAAGCUGAAACGGUUGAUGACGACAACGACGAUGAUUGUGAGAUUGUUGAGAAUAGUACAGUUAAAGAGAAAGUCCUUUCACAAGGAGCCUCCCUGUUUUUUACAAACAAACCCCACGAUAACUGUGAUGAUGACAAGGUUUCUAAAGGGUAUCGCAGUAAUCAUAAAUCCACUGGCAAAUCUCCAAAAGACCUGGAUACUUUAGAAAUUGCGGAGUUUUUAAAAGACGAUGCCACCAAACCUGAAAAGAAAGAAGUGAGGCAAGUUGCGGCUCAAGAAUCAGGUAAGAUGGCUGCUUCCGAUAAAAAUGCUUCUGGAAGCAAUGCCGAGGGAAAUACGUUUGAAGGAGUUGAAUCAUUGAGCAACCUCGUGUUGAGAAAGCAAUUUGAAGAUGUCCAACUACCCUUGAGUCUAUGCGAGUUGUUGAAUCAAUAUUUCCCAGAAACAAAUACACCCAUAAAGAAAGUUCGGCUCGUUGUUAUAAAAACUCGUAUACAAAAGGCACUAACCAAUCCUUCCGAAUAUGGUGAAUUGGAGAAAUUGCUCAAGUUGUUUGCAAAGGAUGACCACCAACGGAGCAAGGGUGGAACUGAAGCAGCCUGCAAUCUCUCUACAUCUUCAAAUGAUGCUCCUUUUGGGGAUUCAGUCAACAAUGGAGAGGUAACCUCCAGGAUUGGAAAAUUGCGGCUUGGGCUUGCCAAUGAACAACCCGCCCCUGAUGAACCCGUGAAAAUAAACACGAUACUGCCAAUAAUAACUCUGUGUGAGUCUGAUGAUGAAGAAUGGAAAGGAUUUGACGAGCCGUCACAGAAACCGCGUAGUCAACAAAUGGAAAGUCAACCAAGGGGUUUCAAUGCCAGUAAAAAGGACUUCUAUUCGGGAAACAAAUUUCCCAAAACUGGCGGGGCGAGAGACAACGAGCACAGCUUGUACAAGAGGGGAGGCUUUGGAAAUCCCCAUGGCCAUUUUCGCAAAAACAAUUUGACAAAUAGUAGAUUUGGCUUUGGAACGGAAGGACUCAAAAAGAAUGGCGAUAGUGAAUUUUGCGAGAGAAAGAAGGCAGCAAGAGAUUUGGUGGAAGCAGAUGGGUAUGAGACGGUUACUCACUCCGAUCGGGGAUACCAACCUUCUGAAGAUAGUGAUGUUGUACUAGACUUUCCUGCCAAGAAGUCUGCUCAGUUCUGGAAUAAGAUACUUCGUGAUUACAGUAAUCAAUGGGUUACACGUCACGAAGUGGAUAAGGUGGAGACUGAAAUCUUGAAGGGGAUCCCUUCGGAAUAUAGAGCUCCCGUUUACUUGAAAACGUUGCAAGUGAGGUACAAAUUCACUCAAAACAACACAUUUGAUGAGCUAUUGAGACAAAGCACAAAGCUUAGAGAAGAAACUGUGUCAAAGUUGAGUAAGGAGCAGGAGGUUGUCGAAUUGGUUCUGCUCGUCUUGGUGGUUUUGGAGGGUCUGGAAGCAAGUGCGCUGUUUGCAAAUGAUGUGGCAAUCACUAGAUAUUUGGUAAGUUGUGCCGAGCUACUAGCAGUAGUGCCUAAUUUUUCCAGGGAGCAGAGAUUCUUCGUUUUGUUCAAGCUUUACAAACUGUAUUCUUUGGUCAAACAAGAGGAAUUUGUGUACAAGAUAAACCGUGCGCUAGAGGAUAAACUUGGGUCCUUUAAGCAUUUGGUUAGUCAAGGAGUCAAUUUGUCUGCAUACUAUAAAAAGUUGGUACCGGAAUUGAUAUAUGGAAUGUUUGGUCGUGAAGAAGCUAGCUUUAGAAUCUUCGAUUUGAUUGUGUUUGAAGGCUUUGAUUUUUUGUUACGGUUGAUAGCUUGGGCAUUUCUCAAGAAUGAUAAUAAACUUGCUUCCUUGUCUGGCGAUGAACUACUAACCUUCAUGCAAUCGCAAGAAUUUCUUUCUGAACCUAUAGAUUUUGGUAAGAUAUUAAAACUUGAACUUCCGUUGAUUACUUAUGAGAACGAGUUUUACCUAAUGGAAGCUAACUCGCUAAGUAACAAUACAAAUGAGUUGAGGAACUUAUCUGAAGUCCAUGACGAGUUGUUGUUGAAAAUCGAUAGCAUGAAGGUCCAAAUUAAAGAGCUUCAAUCCACCCACACUGAAAUCUCACAACAGAGUGAAGAGUACAAUGAGAACUUGAUGGAUGCCGAGGUAAAGCGCAAAGACUUGAUUGCGGAGAAGGAGCGAUUGCAGAAAAAGUAUGAACAUCUCACGAUGAAGGAGAAUUUGGCAAACACCAUCAAAGCUAAUGAAGAGUUCUCACAGAGGAAUGUAGAGUUGCAGCACCAGAUAGAAGCUUUGAAGAAGUCGAUUGGGGAUAAGAAACAUAGAUUAUCUAAAGCAGUGGUAAAUAGUCAAUAA